AUGUCCGUCUCUCUGUUGAUUGGCGCAGCUUCUGCGCAGCCUCUCGUUCUCGCCUCUGUGCUAUCCCUUCCUUUCUUCUCCCGCACAGCUGCCGCUCAAUCCCUCCCUAGCGACUCGCGCUAUGACUAUAUCCUCUCCGUUUUCGAUUCCGCAAACCAGAACGUUUCCAUCAAUGCGAACGUGCCCGACGCCUAUGUGGCUGCUCCUUGGUACCCCGCCCCUUAUGGAGGUUGGACUGAGGAUUGGAGCGCGAGCUAUGCAAAAGCCGCCGAGCUUGUCUCCAACAUGACGCUCGCCGAAAAGACGAACAUCACGGUUGGAACCGGCUAUUUCAUGGGUCGCUGCGUUGGAAACACUGGCAGCGCUCCCCGUUUGGGCUUCCCCCAGCUUUGCCUGCAGGACUCGGCCCUUGGAGUUAAGGGCACAGAGAACAACACCGCCUUUACCCCUGGUAUCACCGUUGGUGCUACUUGGAACAAGGACUUGAUGUAUGCUCGCGGAGAGGCCAUCGGCGAGGAGUUCCGCGGCAAAGGUGUCAACAUACACCUUGGCCCAACCGUUGGGCCUCUGGGUCGCAAGCCCCGUGGUGGCCGCAACUGGGAAGGCUUUGGCUCCGAUCCCGUCCUCCAAGCCGUCGGAGGUGCUCUGACGAUCAAGGGCGUACAGGCCCAAGGUGUCAUGGCUACCAUCAAGCACUUCAUUGGAAACGAGCAGGAGUCGUACCGCAUGUACAACCCUUUCCAAGCCGGUAUCAGCGCUAACAUUGACGACCGCACGAUGCACGAAAUCUACCUCUGGCCCUUUGCCGAGGGCGUUCGCGCCGGUGUCGUCUCUGUCAUGGGUGCCUACAAUGCUGUCAACGGGUCGGCAUCCACUCAAAACAGCUACCUCAUCAACAACCUCUUGAAAGACGAGCUUGGCUUCCAGGGUUUCAUCAUGAGCGACUGGUUUGCCCAGAUUUCGGGUGCUGGCGCUGCCUUGGCCGGUCUUGACAUGAGCAUGCCCGGCGAUCCGACCAUUCCUUUGUUCGGUAACUCCUGGUGGGCUUUCCACCUCACCGAGGCUGUUCUCAACGGCUCGGUCCCCGUCGACAGAUUGAACGACAUGGCGACUCGUGUCGUCGCCGCCUGGUAUCAAGUGGGCCAAGACCAGGAUUAUCCGGACAUCAACUUCUCUACCUGGACCAGCGAUGCGGAAGGCCUCCUCUACCCUGGAGCCUUGAUCUCCCCCUCGGGCGUUGUGAACGAGUUUGUCGACGUCCAGGGUGACCACGCUGCUAUUGUCAGAAACAUCUCCACCGAGGCUGUCACCCUGCUCAAGAAUGACAACGGCACACUGCCGCUCAAGGAAAGCACGCCGUUGAAGAUCUUUGGAACUGCUGCUGAGAAGAACCCUGACGGGAUCAACUCAUGCUCUGACAAGUCUUGCAACAAGGGCACGCUCGGCAUGGGCUGGGGCUCUGGUACCGCCGAUUUCCCUUACCUAGACUCUCCGAUGGAUGCGCUGAACGCAAGAGCCGACAACCUCACUUUCUACAACACUGAUAGCUUCCCGUCCAACGCAGUUGCCAAUGAAGGGGACGUCGCGCUGGUUUUCAUCACUGCAGACUCUGGUGAGAACUAUUUGUCGGUUGAAGGCAACCCUGGCGACCGCACAUCAGCCGGCUUGAACGCCUGGCACAACGGAGACGAGCUCGUCCAGAAAGCGGCCGAGAAGUAUGACACUGUCAUCGUCAUCGUCCAAACCGUGGGUCCCAUCCUCGUCGAAGAGUGGAUCGAUCUGCCCUCGGUCAAGGCCGUUCUCUUCCAGCACCUGCCUGGUCAGGAAGCCGGCGAAUCUCUUACCACGGUCUUGUAUGGCGAUCAGUCGCCCAGCGGCCAUCUCCCGUACAGCAUCGUCAAGAAGGAAGACGACCUCCCCGAUAGCGUUGGCAUUGUUGGUUUCCAGCUCGGCCAGCCGCAGGACACCUUCUCCGAGGGUCUCUAUAUCGACUACCGCUACUUGAACAAGCAGAAGAUCGCGCCGCGUUACCCCUUCGGCCACGGCCUCAGCUACACCAGCUUCAACUAUUCGGCCACGAUCGCCGCGGGGGUUGAGCUCACGUCCACGCCGCCUACGCGCCCGGCCAAGGGCAGCACGCCGUCGUACUCGACCGAGAUCCCGCAACCGAGCGAGGCGGUGGCGCCCGAGGGCUUCGACAAAGUAUGGCGCUACCUCUACUCGUGGCUGUCCGAGUCCGAGGCCAACUCGGCGUACGAGAAGCGCAACUCGUCGGACUACCCUUACCCAGAGGGCUACUCGACGGAACAGAAGGCGGGCGUGCCGGCGGGCGGGGCGCAGGGCGGCAACCCGGCGCUGUGGGACGCGGCGUUCAACGUGUCCGUCACCGUGUCCAACACGGGCGCGGUGGCGGGCAAGGCUGUGGCGCAGCUGUACGUGCAGUAUCCGGAAGGAACGUCGUACGACACGCCCGUCAUCCAGCUGAGGGACUUCGGCAAGACGGCGACACUGCAGCCCGGCGAGAGCGAGACGCUUGCGCUGACGCUGACGCGCAAGGACGUCAGCGUUUGGGAUGUUGCGAGCCAAAACUGGAUCGUGCCGGCCGUCGAGGGCGAGUACAAGUUCUGGGUUGGCGAGAGCUCGGGCGCACUGGGCGUCGCGUGUUCGAGCACCGCGUUGACGUGUGAGGGUGGGCAGGAGAGCCCGGUUGCUUGA